CACUAGCACUUUAACACAUGGAUCAUUGUUUGUUUUUAUAUGCUAAUUACUGAAGGGUCACUUCCUGUGUGCAUUUGGGAGGGGAGGGUAUUUAUUCAGUGAAUUGUUUGGCACAUGUUUCACCUUGAGAAAGGUCCCAAAAGGGACCGAAACUUAACGUCGGUUACAUAUGCAAUAACACUUUUUCUACUUGCAAAAAAACCUGGUGUUGCUGGUCUUUUUUAUCUUUAUAUACUGGUCUUACCGAGCACCCAGGCAAAGGACUUGGAACGGAGUGCUGUCCACUACUAUAAGAUAUACAUUUCUUUGACGUGCACCCGUCUACAUAUUCAUUUUUGACAACCACUCACGCUCUCAAGAAUGGCUACAGGAGUCCAAAGCACUGAAGCAUUUACUGUGUUUACCAAGGAUGAUGUGAAUCGCAUCUUAUUUACUGAAACUUUUAAAGACACAUUUGGAGAUCUGGGGCCGAAGGAGUCCUUCCAUGAGCUGUUACGCCUACGGAAGAGGGAGGUGGAGUUGCACCUUCACGGUGUUUCACUGUCUGAAUAUUACCGGGAACGCAAGAUACCGCGUGGUUUUCGUAUAAAUAAUGCACCCACACUGGGACGCAGUAACCCGGAAUUUUGUGAUAAGUGGUGUGCCAUUCUGGAUAAAUGCUCGCUUGAGCUAAUGUUGCAUGUUAUUGAGGAAACGGGUCGUGAUCUACGCUCGGUGCGAAGUGAGAUCCUGCAGUUUGAAACCUCGCAUAUUCAUACAAUAUCGGCGGAUAGGGACAACGAUUGGCUUAAACGCCUACAGGACCAGGUGUCACAAUAUAAAUUUGAAAUACUUGCCUUUAAGAGAUCGAAGUUUAUGCGAGUGACACAGGACUACAAGGAUAAUACAGUCUAUCGGUGGCGUCAUGGAGGAAGGCAAGGCACGUAUAGGCGGAGACUACCAAUGCGCAGGGCACGCAAACCUCCUGGUUACGUCUCAAGCAGCGGUGAUUCUGAGGAGGACGCCGAUGCGUCUACACAGGCUGCAGCGGAUGCUUUUUUAUCUAUGGAAACACCGGCAAAUACCGCGCUAGAAAAAGGCAUCGCCGUGGAGGACGCAAACACGGCCAGAGGAAAAGGUCGGGGCAGACCUCCACGCUAUGGCGGACGGGGGACCAGGAACAGGCAAUAAUAAAUCUAUCGAGCCACCAGCUGACGGAUAUGGAGACGGCUGUACUGGCAAAAGGGGCAAUUGGGCAAAAUGCUGGAUGAAGCUGUUACACAAGGCUGGAUUACAGAGGAUCUGAGGAAUUUUCUAUACGUCAAGGAUCCGGUAAGACCUGUACUAUACACCUUACCUAAGGUACAUAAAAAUUUGUUACAUCCACCAGGCAGGCCAAUUAUAUCUGCCAGGGGGUCCUUAACUGAGCAAGUGGCCAAAUAUGUGGAUUCAUUAUUACAGCCGUUGAUACGGGUAACAAGCACAUAUUUGCAGGAUACCAAUGACUUUUUAAAGAUCGUGAAUAGCAUAGAUCCCACCUGGUGUGAUAAUGGUUUUUUCUUUGUGACUAUGGACGUUAAUAGUCUUUAUACCAUAAUACCACAUGAGGAAGGCCUCAGUGUGGUCAGGGAACUGAUGGUAAAUGCCGAGAAAUAUAAUGGCCCGCCCACGGAAUUUAUUCUAUCAUUAUUGCAUUUCAUCCUGUAUAGGAAUUACUUUAAAUUCGAGAAGGAUUAUUACUUACAAACGGCAGGAACAGCAAUGGGGUCCAAUGUGGCCCCCACAUAUGCAAAUGCCUUCAUGCACACUUACGAAAUGCAACAUAUUUUAAGUAACCCCACAUUUCGCAAAUUUGGUGGAUACUAUAGACGUUAUAUAGAUGAUCUGUUUUUCUUAUGGUUUGGAUCAGAAAAGGAUUUGCUAAAAUUUUUUGGGGAGCUUAAUUCACACAACAGCACUGUACGCUUCACCCUGCAUUAUAAUUUUGAGAAAAUUGAUUUCCUGGAUGUGACUAUAUACAAGCAGUGUGGCCAAUUGCAUACUAAAAUAUUCAGGAAACCCACUGAUAGAAAUACACUGCUGCAUUUCAACAGUAGCCACCCCAAACACCUCCUAAAAUCUCUUCCGAAGUCACAAAUGUUGCGGGCUGUAAGGAUUACAAGUGAGGAGCAGGAGAGACAACAGGCAAUACAAGAUAUGGCAAGUGACUUUCUGGCAAGGGGUUACCCCGCAGCGCUGAUAGAGGAAAUAAAGUCCUGGGCACUAGCAUUGGAUAGAGCCUCAGUGUUAAAAGAUACAGGAGAUUCGAGGAGGGCUGGGGAUUGUGAAAAAAACAAAUUGUUUUAUAUGACAACCUAUGGCCCACAUACAUCUUUAAUCAAGCAAUCUGUUUUACAGAACUGGCCAAUUGUUGCAACGGAUCCAGACUUGGGCAAACUGGUGAGUGAUGGUUUCUCUUUUGGCUAUAAACGUAGCAGGAACCUCAAGGAACUAUUCACACAGACGGAUCCGAUUAACAAAUAUAUUUGUCAUUCCAAAGUGCUGGCAGGUAGAUCUGGGGUGUACAGAUGUGGCAAUUGCAGUAUGUGUAGCACACUUAUAACGGGCAACCAGUUCUUUCACCCGCACACAGGCAAAUCAUACAAGAUAAAAGACAGGCUAACCUGUACGUCUAAAAAUGUGAUAUACAUAAUCAAAUGUCCGUGCGGACUUGUGUACUGCGGUAAGACAUGCCGACAAUUGAAAGAGCGCAUUAGUAUGCAUCGCUCCUCCAUUAGGGCAGCUUUGGAUCCUAAACCUAAGGGGGACUCUAAAAACAGGAUAUAUCCAAGCAGCCGGUAGCACAGCACUGGCUAAAUGCUAAACAUUCUAUUGCAGCUUUUAAAUGUAUGCCGAUAGACUCCAUUCCAACGCCCCCACGGGGAGGAGAUGUUGAUCGUUUAUUGCUCCAGCGUGAGGCCUUUUGGACCUAUGAACUUGACAGUGUGGCUCCCAGAGGAUUGAAUACCUACCUUCAAUUUAAUAGCUUUUUACCAUUGAGAUGAUGUUGAAUUUUGUAACUCUGGUGGUGCUUUGUAGAGUACUCUAAAUUAUAUUAUAAAUGUUGGUAGGGAUCCCUUGGGGUUACAUACUGUAAAAAAUGUGUCUAUCUAAUAUAUGUGUGUAGUUUAAAACCAGUUACAUGGUAUAACAGUAGCUUUUAUAUGGACAUUCCCACAUGUUUUUAGGAUAUUUUUUUAUAUAUGAAUUUAAGCACUUUACUGCCACCACACAUUAACCAGGUGAUGCUGAUGUUAGCUAUCUAUUAUGGAUGCACUAGCACUUUAACACAUGGAUCAUUGUUUGUUUUUAUAUGCUAAUUACUGAAGGGUCACUUCCUGUGUGCAUUUGGGAGGGGAGGGUAUUUAUUCAGUGAAUUGUUUGGCACAUGUUUCACCUUGAGAAAGGUCCCAAAAGGGACCGAAACGUAACGUCGGUUACAUAUGCAAUAACACUUUUUCUACUUGCA